AUGGAUUUAAAAAUUCACGCAAUUCUAAAUUUAUGCUUGAAUUUUUGUUUUUUCUCCUUAUCUCUUAUCUCUCUUUUCUUGAAUUAUUUCUCAAUAUCAAGCUACAAUAUAGGCCUCUACACAAUUUCUUAUACUCUGACAUAUGAAGAUAUUGAAGAUCUCAGUGUUUACACUCAUUUUGAAAAUUUCAAAAAUAAAGCAUGCCAAGCUACCCAGGACGAAGACGUCCAGUUCAUAUGCAGCAAUAUUCAGAAUAUCGAAACAGCUGGAAUCUUAUAUUUCCUUCUAACAAUGAUGUCAUUGAUUUCUCUUUUUCUCACUUUAAUGAAUCUCAUUAUUGCUGAUGCCUGAUUAUAGAUAGAAGGGAUACUUUUUUACGGUUCGAAAAAUUUAUACAUUAAAACAAUCGUUUAAAGCCGACUUUGUGGAUAAAUUACAGUAGCGCGUAUCAAUUUUUCGACAUAAUUAAAUAGGAAAUUUUUAUUUUAGCUGUCUAUUAAGAACUAAACUAGUGAAAUAGAAUAUACGAAACAGUGGGAAGUAUUUUAAGCAGCAUUUGGUCAAAUCGAAUAAAAGAAAUGCUUCGAGUCGCCUUUGUAAAUUAUCAUUUAGUCAAUCAAUGCAAAUAUAAGAAAAGCAUGAUAAAUACAUUUGAUUCUGAAUUGUAAAAGUCUAUAUUGGUCGGCUGAAAGAAUUAUUAAAAGGAGAUAGUGUAAAAUAAAGUUUUUGAUUUUCACUUAAAGCCAUAUUUAAUUUUUUAAGACCCUUAUAUAUCAAAUAGAGAUUUUAAUAGCUAUAUAAAUUUAUUUAUAAAAUAAACAAGUAUGCAAUUUUUAUAUUAAGCCCACUUUUAAAAAUAGCUCAUUUAAUUGUCAAAAUGGUUUACACUUGCCAAAAAAUUUUUUGACUGGCCAUUUUUAAUUCCCAUUUUAGGCCAGGCGAUUUUACUGAGAAAUUGCCAUUUUUCAAACAUAAAGAGAGAAGCACUAUUUUAAUUUUAAAAUAUGCCUUCGCUUCAUUUUGCCGAACCUUAAUGCUAGAUAUUAAAAUUUUUUAAAAAUUAUUAAAAAACAAUUAUAUAAAACUUUAUUGAUCUAGUUUAAACUAGGAAUUUUUUAUUAUAAUCUGAUUAUUUCUCUAAAUAGUGCGGAGUCUAGUUUUAGAUGUAUAAGAUAUGAAGCCCAUUAGAACUGUUACAUUUUCAAUGAGGUCAAUCUAUAAAAGUUCAUGAGCUAUACAGCAAUUUCUUCACAUAAGAAAUUUUGGCUUUACCUAAAAUUUCCCCACUUCAUAAACGCUCUUAUCUUUUUUAUCUCAGUCGCAAGCUACCUUAUUAUCAGCAAAAUCACCACUUUAGACUCAGAAAAGGUACAAAUUGAUUCAGGAAUCAAAAUUUUUUAUAUAAUUGCAAUAGUCGCUGUUUUAACAUUAAUCCACUAUAUUUUCCUCAAAAAAUUCAAAAAUAUUGACCAGCUUUAUAAUGACGCUUAUUCAGCCCAAGUUGACCUAAAAAGUGGAGACUCCAAACCUUCAGGCGGUAUUUUUAAUAGACAAGGUAUAAAAAGCAAAGUUGGGGAUGAAAUUAUUAUGGAGCCGAACCAGAGGAAGGACAAAGCUGAAGCUUCUGGUGAUGAUUCGUCUAUUGAGAUCGUCAGACUGAGAAAGGACAAUGAUCAAUUGAUUUCUGAGUUAGCCCAGCUGAGAAGAUCUUAUGAAGAAAAUAAGUCAAAAGAUAUGAGCACUGAAGUAAAUUCCUCAAGCUUUGUAGGACUGAUUGACAAAAAAGAAGACGAAACUGGAAAGCUGAGAAAUCUUCUUGAUGUGUUUAGAAAAGAAAUAAUACAGAAAGAUUUAAGGAUUGAUGAGCUAGAGAGAGCGGCUACUGUUAAUAAGCAGGCUAUGGAAUCUUUAAAAGAAAUCAAAGAUGAAAUUUCAAAAAAUUUGAGCGAAACAGAGAAACAAGCUAAUGAAUCAAAUAGAGAAAAAAAUAAAUUAAAAUCAAUUUUAGCCUCAAAAAACGACGAAUAUGAAACUCUUUAUAAAGACUAUAACAAUUUAAGAAAAGAAUUAGUCAUCAUUAAAGAAUCAAAUAAAACCCCAAAUGAGCUAAGCCUAGAAAACCUCAAUGAAGCCCUGCUAAAGCAGAAAUCAGAAAACAGCAGCCUAAAAGACCAAAUACAAAAGUUUGAAAUGAUAAGAGAUGAGCUUGAAAUCAGAAAUCGGGAGCUAAGCCAAGCUUAUGAGGACGCUGUGAGGUCAAAAACUGACUCUUCAUUAGUUAACUAUGACGAAGAAAAACUGCUAGAAAGGAUAAGAGAGCUAGACUCAGCAAUUGAAGAAAACACAACCACAAAUAACAAUCUUCGGAGUCAGAUAAACGAGCUUGAAGCUUCAAGCCAAGAGUAUUUAUUAUUAAAAAAGGCUUAUCAAAAAACAAUAGAAGAGCUAAAAUCAGCCAAUUCUGAAAUUUUAGAUCUUAGUGAAAAAAUAAAAGAAUUCAAAAAAGACGCUGACACCAAAGGCAGAAUCCUCAAAGACUUCGUUACUCAAAAAAAACAAAUCGACGCCUACCAAUCCCAAAUUGAAGCUUUACAAACCCAAGCUGCCCACAACCAGUCUGAAUGGGACAUCCAGCGCAAUGACCUAAACUAUACCAUAACCCAGCUACGGCGAGAAACUGAGCAGCUCCAAAAGCGUCUUAAAUCCCAAGAGGCAAAUCUUUACAAAGAGCUUCAAGACUCUUCUAAUCAAAUUGACAAGCUUAAAGACGAAAAUAAAUUUUUCAAAAAUCAGCUUGAAAUUUCACAAGCUGAAAUCGACAGAAUGAAAAAACUUCAGGAAGCCUUAAAGCAGCAACUUCUCCAAAAAGAAGCAAAAUUUGAAGAAACAAGCCAAGGGGAAAUGAAAAAGUCUAUGAGCAAUGAUAAAAUAAUAAAAAUUCUUUCAGAUCAGAACUCAGAUUUAUCAAACAGCCUGAAGCUGUCACAGCAAAAAAUGAAAGAGGUAAUUGAUGAAAAAGAAGAAAUGAGGAAACAGCUGAAUUCGCAGAGUUUGGAGCUGUCACAAAUUAGUGGGGAAAAUUUAAGCUUGCAUAAGUCGCUGUUUGAGAUGGGAAAAUUCUCGUCAGUUUAUAGCUCAAGAGAAGAAUAUAGUAAUAAUACCAGCUUAAGCAGCUCUAUAAGUGUACAAGAGCUAAUGAUAAUCGAAAGCAUGGCAGAAAUUGACGCCCAGCCAAAUAAACUAAUGGAAAUGGCAGAAAAAAUGAAAAGGGAACCUCCAAUGACUUAUUCAAAUGUAUGGAAAUUACUAGAAAAUUUGAUUGACGAAAAAUGCAAGCUGGAUAAGCUAGAAUUAGCAUUAGGCAGACAGCCAAGGGAUAUGGUGGAUUUCGCUUUAGAUUACAUGUAUUUACAAUUUGGCCUAAAAACAGUCGCCCACAAGCAGCUUAAAGCUUUAAUGAUUUCUCUAGAAGAGCUCUACAAAAUAAGUCACCCCUAUGCUGUCGCUUUCUGCAGAAUGCUUGGAGUCUUCCAUUCUAGGCCUUUACCAAGCCACGUCUGUGUAUUUUUACUAAUGAUUCAUGAGCUUUUUGUCCUUUCUUCUAAUAAAUCUAAGCCAAAAACUGACAGUUUUGCCCAGCACUACGAAAUCCAGCAAUACGGAGGGGAAACUUCUAUUAUUGAUAUAAUGGAGCUUAUAAUGAAAGUAUGCAAAAACGACAGAGAAAUUGGAGAAAGAAUAAUAGCAAGGAUCCAAAAAGAAAAUUUGGACAGAUAUGAUAUGAUUGCUAUAAAAGUGGUCGGGACUAUGGCAAAAAUGGGGAUUUCGCCUGAAAAUAUGUUUGAAAUUUUAGAUUUGGACCAUGGAGAAACAUUGGAUUAUCAUGAAUUUGUGGACUCUAUAAGGAUAAAAUUAAAUAUCUGGAUCACUCAAGAUGAAGCUGAAUUUCUGUGUGGGUCAAUUGACAAUGAAGGCAAAGGGAUAUUCUAGAUAAUAAAAAUAAUAAAAAAAAAUAAUUAUAUAGAAAUUAAUAUUAUUUAUAGGAAAUUGGCUUAAUUUCUCAUGAAGAAUGGCAAGAUAAAAUAGAUUUCGAAAAAUACCUGGAGCUUUCAGACUCCAAAGCCGCCAUGAUCACCAAAUCCCAGCUUUUUAACGCCUUUAUAGACGAAUACGAAUUCGAAAUAAUCCAAGACUACAAUAAACUCAGAAAAAAAAUAAAGCAGACUCGACUAGACCAGCCAAGUUUUAAAGAAAAAGUCCUUGAGCUUGACCCAAAUUAUGAAGAAAUCGAAAUAUCGCGGCUUUAUGAGAUCGCAAGGUCUCAAGAUAACGACAUAAAAGGCCUUGUCAGUGCUGAGACUUUUUGCCUGAUUAUUAUUAAAGAAAAAAUCGGUGGGUAUGGAAUUGGGAUUUUUGGUAAAAAUUAUGUAGAUUGGAAAAGAAUUGACGCAGUUUUACCACGAGCUAGUGGAGCUUCAUUUUAA